AUGUUCUUGGAAAUCCUUCAGAACCACCCAGAACAUGCCAAUUCUGCCAAAUUUCAAAUUGAACAUACUGCAAGGCUAGUAUAUUAUAUGGUAGGAUGUAGCAUGCUAAUGCUGGAUCUGGACGCUAGCUUUUUGACGAACAUCCGAACUAAGAUGUCCACAAGGCUUCCAUGGCCAACUCUUCUUGUCGGCUGCAAAUGGCUUGUUAAGACCCCGAGUUGGAGCACGGGCCAGACUAAGGACGACGCUGAAAAAGAGGAGAGGAAUGGAGAGUACAAGAAAGAUGUAGAGGAAGAGAAAAGCGAGACGAAGAGCCACCUCGUAAGAGAGCAACAACUACUCGUACUCGUCGUCGAAAGGGCUCAGAAAGCAAACCGGGGAUAUGAUGCAAAUGCAACAGCUGCACUGAACAAUAUAUAA